CGGGACUUGAUCGUCAGAUCGUGAAGUAGAGGUACUUUGGUUUAUAAAUAUACGUCUUUUCGUGAGUAGGACAAAAGUGCUCAUCCCCACAUACCUUACUCAAUCUGAUUCGUCGCGAAAACACUUUUGUUCACGAUCUGAAGCUGGAAGUGGAAACACUUGCUACUUCUCCUAGACAGAGAAAAUGAGUUGGGCUCGGAGCCAGCCCACGGGGCGGCUGCCUCCCGCAACGCGAACCACCGGUGCGAACAAGGGGGGUUCCGCCAAAGCGUCUGGUUUCAGCCGCACUCCAAGCCCGUCCUACAAUCCGGGAAACCUCCGCGGACCGAAGGCAGCUACUGGCGCGGCCGCGCGGGGCGGCGUUUCGCGAGGCGCCACGUCAAGUCACACGGCCCUGGCUAACAAGCCCAUCCCGCGUAGCGGAAACUUGAAGCAGUACUGGGAGCAGGAUCUGUCGACCACUUUGAUCCCGAUGCGCGAUCGCCUCGCGCCGAUCGCGCGGAAGGCCGAACUCGACCAGAACGACCUGAUGCACGCCGUCUGCGCGAAGAAGAAGAAGACCGACGCAGCGGAGGCGGAACGGGAUAACGCCGAGGAAGAGUAUCUCGCCUUCAUAUCGGAACAGGCCGCCUUUUGGAACGACUUGACCGAAGUGAUCGCCAAUCUUGAGGAGGAGAAUGAAGCUAAUGGGCCACAGGUGAUCAACAGAUGUUUAUUCAGAUCGUAACACAAGUACAGUGAUUUCGCUCUGAGGAGGACGGACGCGAGGUUUUUUUUCGGUCAGCUGUUUCUUGUGAGGUAUCCGUCUGAAUGAAUGACUCUGAAAAUGAAAAUGAACCAAAUCAGAAAAGCUGCAAGUAUCGAAUUCAUACCUCAGACUCGCCAGCUCCACGCCGCCAGUGUGGCUACCGAGGACGAGAUACUGGAUCUGCGGAAGGAUAAGGAAGUGGCGAAGGAACGGGCGGACCACGCGAACAAGCGUUCCAAGCAGAUGAUUGCCGACAUGGACGGAUUCGGCAAGGAGAUGAAGAAGCAAGAGGACGUCCUGAAGGAGGAGCGGAAACGCGCCACCGCGAUGGCCGACAGCCUGCAGGAGGACCGCGCCCACCUGACCGACCUGCGACACAUGUGCCAUUGCAUCAGGAACAACGUCCAGGUCUUCUACGUGGGCAAUUCCUGUCUCUCGUCCUCCUCCGCCUCGAGCGGCUGCGUCGCACCCUCGUCGUCGCCGAUGAAAAGUACAGUUUUUCUUUGCGCCUACUUGUUGGAACUUGAUUCGCCUGGUAUGCAUGUUCAUUUGUUAUGGUAGUGUUCUUCUGACUCUGCCUAAAACUACAUUAUGACCCCAAUCUCUCUCGUCAUUCACAUCAGUUUCGGGCACGACUCCUCCGGCCGCGAGCCAUGCUGGUACUACCGCGAACGGCACGCCGCGGGACCCGGCGCGCGCCGGGUCCGGCAAGGUGGUGAGUCCGGACGCGCUGGUGCAGCUUUCCUACAUGAACCGCGGCUGCGAAAGCAGCAAGGACAACUGGGUAAAGCCAGACGAGCACUGGUACAAGGACGAACUGUACCUGGAGCACUACACCACGGCGGAGUUGUAUCGCACGAAAAUUAUAAAACUGUCUCCGUCUCAACUUGUAAAGCGGGUGUUGUUCCUUGAGACACUUUUGUGUCAUGCUGAAUGGACGUCGAAAGGUGUCUUUCGUAAGGCGUCUUGUUUUUGUGCCUGACGCAACAUCACAAGUUUUGCGUGUCACGACGCUGGCCGAGUUCGUGUUUUAUGCUGACCGAAUUUGUGUUGCUGAGUCUGCAAAUCAAUAUUUGAGACUGAAACUACAUUUUUUUCGUACGAUAAGUUGGUGGACUGCGGGCCCUGGGACGCGCACUACCAGUACAUUAAGCAGCUGGAGGAGGAGUCCGCAACGGAGGACGUCGAGGACGAGGAUGAGGACAUGGAUGCGUCUUCAGGCGGGGCGGACGAGGACCCUCGCAGCCCCGAGCCCAAGCUCACCGACGAGGAGCACCAGGAGCGGUUGGCACUGGGCCGGAUCGCGGAGUUCGUGCUGCAGACGGAGCUACCCUACAUCCGGGCCCGCAUGGAGCACUGCCACGGCUCGGCCGUGGUGCUGUUCUUCAAAAACAACCAUAAUUUUCCCGCCGCUUCGUCAUCAUCCAGUGCAGGAGUAGGAGAUGUUUUCGCCAGCGGUGGGAACAACAACACGAACAACAGCAGUCAAGACAAGAGAGAUGUUGAACCUGCGAACAGGGGCUUUUUGUUCGACACGGUGGCAAAGAAUUUCGAGAAGUGCUUCCGCAACAAUGCCACGCGCGAAAAGGACUACAUCGUGCGGCAGCAGCCGUUCACGACGGGGGCCGGGCAGCCGGUGCUGACCAACAGCAAGCAGAAAGCGGCGCUCCGGCAGCAGAUGCGGCAGGAGGCUGACCAGUACGUGUUCGAGGGGUAUCGGGCAAGCAAGGUGAGCGCCAACCACAUCUGUCUGCUCGGCAGCCGGAAGCGCAGCGCGCCCGCCGCCACCGGUGAGGACGUGGCGGAAGCCGCGAUGAACCCCAGCGAGCAGAGCAGCUGCAGCCUGAUUCAAGUAGACAGCGAGGAGGACCAGAAGGCGAUUUGUGAAAUCUUGCAGUCUUCACUGGCGACGAAAAAGAGCACCAGUUCUGCGAACGCCAUGGCGUCGUGGGGGAACAACUCCAGUAGGGCCAGUGUGGAUGGGCCGUUGAGCGGAGAUGGCGCUGGUUCGCCGAGUGGCCAGGUCUUGCGGUUCCUGCGCCAGUUCUUCAGUGCGCCGGGAAAAGCAGUUUACGUCGCGAUCAUUGCAGAAAAUCCGACGGUCCCCGUCCUCAGCCAGGCGCUGCGGCUGCGCGCCCUAGAUUCGCGCGGCGGCCCCGCCCUCACAGAGCACGACCGGAGGGGAGACGCCUGCAAGGGGACAACGGAACACGAAAGAAAAAAUGUUGUGAAUACUUGACUUGAAGGAUUUUUUUGAGUUGAACAGGACUAGAGUCGGCUGAUCAAUAAUACUUGUCUCGACCAGUAAUGGCAAGACCACUGUCUGGCGCAAACCCUGUUUGUGUAUUCCAGGGUCUCAUCGCCUGACUAAAAGACUGAGAAGUUUCAUCGGCCAGCCUUUGUGCUCGGAGAAAACUCAUUAAAGAU